UUAUACUCGUCAUCCGGAGCAUCGCCGCUUUCAGCGGUACUUUCCUCUGGCUUGGACACUGAGAGCAUCUCUAUGAUGGACUGUGGAAUGGAAAGUCGAGGCGAGUUGUGGCAUUUACACUUGUUCUUUUGAUAAGGCGACCAGAUCACGAUUCCAACCUCAUAUGAUGUUCCCAGUCGCGCGCACUCUUAUGUAGCGAACGCGUUUAGAGAUUUAACACUCAUAUCUUCAUCAGCGAUCUUCAUCAUCACCAUCCUCAUCAGCCCUGGAAGACAUCGAGUCGUUUUGGACCCAGAAGUCAUGGAUGUAUGGUUCUGUUCUGCGGUUCCAGUGUUCAUCUGGAGGCUUCUCUUUCUUUCAAGCAUCUUCCAGGGUUAUUGGAGCUCCAUGCUCGAUUGUCCAUUAACAUGCAGCUGUUCGCCCAUUGAGAUCUAUUGCAAUAAGUCCGACAGUGGGAAUUUCUUCCCUUUACUUGCUCUACAAGAUCCGGCGAGCAAUGGCAGUAACAAUAAUGACAUUGAAGAUCUCUUCAGGAACAUCACGUCCAUACACAUAGAGAACUGGACAGGAUUGCAGAUUCUUAAGGAUGUUGACAUGGAACUGUACACAGGACUCCAGAGACUGACAAUAAUAAAUUGCAGUUUACGGACAAUCCAGGCACGUGCAUUUGCGCAGAACCCUCACCUCCGCUACAUAAACCUGUCGAAGAACCCUCUGACGACACUCUCUUGGCAGCUUUUUCAGCACCUUCAGCUGGUCGAACUGAGGCUGGAGGGGGUCGUCUUUGACUGUGGCUGUGAGAUCCGAUGGAUUCAGCUCUGGCAGCUGCGAGGUGAGGCUGGCCUGCACACCCAGCACCUCUACUGCAAGAACGGCGCAAGCAAGAUCCGCCUGAGAUCAAUGAGCAUCGCCUACUGUGACCUGCCAGAUAUCAGCGUUGCUCACAGUAACCUGACUGUGCUGGAGGGGGGUAACGUGACCCUCAGCUGUAAUGGCUCUGGGUCUCCAGUACCUGAGGUGGACUGGACCGUGAACGGCCUUCUCUCCAUCAACACGCACCAGUCAAAUGUCUACUGGCCCAACAUUCACUCCAUCAACCUGACGCUGGUCAACGUGAGCAGAGACGACAACGGAUUUGUUCUGACCUGCAUCUCUGAGAAUGUGGUCGGAAUGACCAAUGUGUCCCUUCAGCUGGCUGUGCUGUUUCCACCAGUAAUACUGAAGCUGGACGAGCCGGAGCGGCGCCAUCACACCUGCAUUGAGUUCACUGUCAGGGGCUUUCCCCAUCCCACACUGCGCUGGUUCCACAAGGACCGUGAGAUCCUGCAGAGCGAGUAUAUCCACAUUGAGAUGGAGCACUACAAAGAUUACUUGGAAGGCUGCUUGACUUUUCAGAACCCCACACAUUACGACAAUGGAAACUACACCCUAGUAGCCUCCAACUCCCUCGGGUCAGUCACCAAAACCAUCUACGGCUAUUUUCUUGAGCCACCGUUCAUUGAGGAUGACGGUAAGCUAUUUAAUUCACCAACAUCUGAAGAUGAGGCGAAGAGUCCUGAAGAAGAUUCAUUUGGAAUGUCGAUUGCUGUUUGUCUGGCUGGCUUUGGUUUUGUAUUCCUCAUUGUGAUUUUCAUCCUCAUCAACAAAUACAGCAGGCGCAACAAAUUUGGGAUAAAAGGCCCAGUGGCAGUCAUCAGUGGGGAGGAAGACUCUGCAAGCCCUCUUCAUCACGUCAACCAUGGUAUCGUCACACCCUGCUCUCUCGAGGCAGGACCGGACGCCGUCGUAAUCGGCAUGAGUCGCAUUCCUGUCAUCGAGAACCCGCAGUACUUUCGACAUGGACACAACUGCAACAAACCAACCACUUAUGUGCAGCAUAUUAAACGGAGGGACAUUGUUCUGAAGAGGGAGCUGGGCGAGGGAGCUUUUGGGAAGGUGUUUCUGGCUGAAUGUUACAACCUCAGCCCCACCAAAGAUAAGAUGCUGGUGGCUGUGAAGACUCUCAAAGAUCCGACCCUGACUGCCAGGAAAGACUUUCAAAGGGAGGCCGAGCUCCUCACCAACCUCCAGCACGAGCACAUUGUGAAGUUCUAUGGCGUGUGCGUGGAUGGCGACCCUCUCAUCAUGGUGUUUGAGUACAUGAAGCAUGGAGACCUCAAUAAGUUUCUGAGAGCCCAUGGUCCAGACGCCAUGAUCCUUGUUGACGGCCAACCGAUGCAGCCUAAUGGGGAACUUGGUCUCUCGCAGAUGUUUCAUAUUGCUACACAGAUAGCGGCAGGCAUGGUCUACCUGUCCUCCCAGCACUUCGUGCACCGUGACCUGGCCACCCGCAACUGCCUCGUUGGUAACGGCCUGCUCGUGAAAAUCGGAGACUUCGGGAUGUCCAGAGACAUCUACAGCUCAGAUUACUACAGAGUGGGAGGUUACACCAUGCUGCCCAUACGCUGGAUGCCUCCGGAGAGCAUCAUGUACAGGAAGUUCUCCACAGAGAGCGAUGUAUGGAGCUUCGGAGUCAUUAUGUGGGAGAUCUUCACCUAUGGGAAACAGCCAUGGUAUCAGUUAUCUAAUAAUGAGGUCAUUGAAUGCAUUACUCAAGGUCGGGUUCUAGACAGGCCUCGCCUGUGUCCUAAGGAAGUGUACGACCUGAUGUUAGGCUGCUGGCAAAGAGAGCCACAACAACGACUGAACAUCAAAGACAUUCAGAAAGUUCUUUAUGCUCUGGGAAAAGCCACGCCUGUCUACUUGGACAUCCUCGGCUGAGACAGGUGCGACGGCUUUCAGCAGAAUCCAACACAAUCCAGGAAUAACCAAACAAGCCCUUUUCCCCACGUCGGCGCUCCACUGUAAAAACACCAACACGUCGGAGAUGGACUUUAAGUGCCUGCAACACUUUUUUUCGAUACACUGAGUAUACAUUUAAAAAAAAAAAAAGUAAAAAAUAUUUAAAAACAAACUUUUACAUUUUGUUUACUGGUACAGUAUAUAGUGUACAGAAUUAUUCUACAAAGACAAAAAAAAAAAGAUUCCUAUAAAAUGAUGGCGAAAGCAGAAUGUUGCCUUCGGUGUGGCGGCACUAAUUUUGAGAAAUUAUGAUUUUCAGUGUUUCAUUUUAUAAGCAUAUAAACACACAUAUAUGAAUAUAUUUUUAUUUAUUUUGUUUCAUUUUGAAGGUGAAGUAUGGGUGCCUGUCAUGUUUAGUGCUGUUGAUAUAUUAUCUUUUCGAGACAGCUGCUCUUCGGUUCUGCUCUGCUUUAACAGCUGGGAUUUUAUGAGGAAAGCCUUAUUAGGUUUCGAUUAUUUUGCCGAUGCAUCUUUUUCUGUUAUUUUUAUUUUAUUUAUUUUUUUGUUCCUGCAACUUUGAUUUGAUGGUCUAUAGCUCUUGAGCAGGCAACUUGGAACCUUUCGAAUACUAAAACGUUGAUAUAUUUUCAUCGUACCUGAUUGUAUAUACUGUAAAUUUCUAUUCUUGUCAACCUGUUAACUUAUUUUCCUUUUUAUGUGUUUUGAUUUCUUUUUCGACACACAAUAGUUCUUUUGUGAUGUACUCUUUAGAAAAGGGUCAGCCAGGAGAGAACAUAAAUAUCACACAGUAUCUUAAAAUGAGCACUUGGCGGCUCAUUAUUAAUACAGGGUGUCUCUAAUAUCCCGGCCCGAGUCCAGUCUGUAACCGUGCUCCCAAAACUGAAUGUGGUAAAACUAGAACUAAACUGCAGGUUCUUUGUCUCCGAGAUCCUAAAAUGACACCUGUUUGAAUUAACGUUUCGAUAAAUAUCAAUGCCAUUGCAUCUGAAGUUAACAAUUUCAUGUUGUUGUCUGUAGCUAAACAGUUCUAUGUUAUUCCAGGGGCUGUUUCUCUGAGAUGUUUGUUGAUGCGACACCAAAUCUUUUUGACGUCAGGAUUUCGAUGUCAGCGGAUUCUCUUGCCUCUUUGCAGUACCACAGAUAUUUGCAAACGACAUAUUAAAAUGGAUGUUUAGAUUAAGUAUAAAAUAAAUAUAAGAACCUUUCAAAUCAAGUCUUUUCGGUUCAUUGUGUUUAGGCCAUCCAUUGUUGAUAACGGCACUUCAGAGAUUUGUAGCAUAACCUAGUUUUGACUCUUUGUGACGGCUGGAUAUGUCCUGUCUUUUGCUUUUGAGGCAAAGUACAUUGAAUUCUAAUAGAGUUUAUUCUAAUAGCAUUUGAAUAUCAGCCCUAUCCACAAUAGUGCCUUGCUGGCUAGCAAUCAGCUGAGGAAAAAGCCUUUGGGUUCUAACAUAUUUUAAUGUGGCAAUUUCUUUGAAAGAUAUUUAGUAAUAUAAUUCCUUGUAAUAAAAUAGUAUUUUUAAGAUAUGUAGAAUGUGCAAAUCAUAUGUAUUGAGCAGUGCUUUUAGUUUAUUCAUGUGGAAACUGAGGCCAUAUGUAUGCAAUGGUUGUCAGGCUUAACGAGUAACCAUAAUCAUAUCAUUAAACCAUUAAAUGUAAAAUAUACUCAUACGCCUGUGAUGGAAAAAAUUGUAUACUGUAAAUGUAAUGUUUAUGCAAUUACAAUAUUUCAUUAUACAUUUGGUGUCAACACAUUUGAUACCUUUUAGCAAUCCAGGCAAUUUAAAAUGUACAUCUACAAAACAUGUCCGGGUCAUAUUUUACUUAAAAAAACACAUGAUAGAAAUAGUAAAUUAUAUUAUGCUUUAGAAAAUAAAUAAAUCACUGAGAAUGAGACGUAAUGAGAAUUUGCCUUUUGGAAAAUGUGAUGUUUUGCUUGUCAUGAAAAUUUCGUGAUGCAAACUGUACACUUUCAGAAAAGAAGGUACUAAGCUGUCACUGGGGUGGUCCCCAAAGGUACCAAAGCUAAAAUAUACAUAUUUGUACAUAAUUUAGCCCUAUAUUGUACAUGUUAGUAACUUAAAGGUGAAUAUUAUUACCUGAAGUGGUAAUAAAGGUUUAUUUUCAUCAUCUUAAGGGUUAUUUUGUUAUGCAAUAUCUGUCUGUCAAGGGGUUAAAUAUCUGACCAUGACAUUUCAUGCAUGGACAUUGACAAUAUACAGAAGGAGCAUGACAAAGUGCUAAUUAAAUCUGAUCAUCACAA